UGGAUUUUGGACAAUGUUCAAAUUACUACUACAUGAACGACAGAUUGGUCAUGAUUCACACCCAUCCAUCCGGCCUCCGUGCCGGCCACGAAUCUGAAAUUUAUUUGAGUGUCGGAAGAAAGAAACUUUUGGAGUGGGGUCUUUUUGGUGGUACAUGAACAAAACAGAGGAGGAAAAAAAAGAAAAAAAAAGAAAAAAAAACUAUUUUCGCAUAUAUAAUAAAGUCGUUCCGUCCAACUGCAAUACGGGAGCUGACGUCAGCGCCGGUCACAAUGCACGGCCAAUUUCACUUUGCCUCCAAAUCCGAAGCUUCACAUCCUUCCAUUCCCUCCCAACCCACCAAUACCUCCGGCGUGCUUAGCACCGAGUCCACGACCUUCUUUAAUCCUGUUUCCACGCCGGCCCGACCACAUAUAUGGACCGCCCGAGUCCGCAUCCCCCCACUAUCCGAACCCACAUCGGUUCCGGCGGCGGUGGCGGACGAGAGGACUGUUGGAGCGAAGGCGCUACCGAGACACUAAUCGAGGCCUGGGGAGACCGUUAUGUCCAGCUCAACCGCGGUAAUCUCCGUCAGAAGGACUGGAAGGAAGUCGCCGACUCUGUCAACGGACGUCAAAACGGCUUAAAGCCCCGCAAGACGGACAUCCAGUGCAAGAACCGGAUCGACACAUUGAAGAAGAAGUACAAGUUGGAGAAAGCCAAACCCUCUCCGUCCAAAUGGCCCUUCUUUUACCGCCUCGAGUCGCUUAUCGGCACUAACGCCGUCACCAAGAAGCCCACCACCGUUGGUUUCACAGCCAAGUCCUCCAAACCUAAACCCAACCCUAACCCUAGCCCCGUGGUUUACUCUGGUGUUGGGUCCUCGGACAGUUCGCUUGGUGACGGUGAUGAUGACGACCACGAGGAUGAAGACGACGAAGAUGAAGUAGGGUUUGAUGGAAGAGUGGCGAGGAAGCAUCGGAUGGAGAGCGUAGACUUAUCCGAUGGGGCGGCGUGCAGGGAAUUGGCGAGAGCUAUAUUGAAGUUUGGGGAGAUCUACGAGAGGAUUGAGAGCUCGAAGCACAAGCAGAUGAUGGAGCUGGAGAGGCAGAGGAUGGAGUUUACUAAGGACCUUGAGUUUCAGAGGAUGAAUAUGUUCAUGGAUGCGCAGUUGGAGAUUGAAAAAAUGAAGCGCCCUAAGUACGCGCAGGGCUCAGCUUAAGGCCAUGCCUUUAAUGUCUUCCGAAGUUCGUGAGGCUUGUAAAAUUGGGAUUGUCUCCCUAUGAGUCUAACCAGGUUCUUUUGUUAAUUUGCAUGCCUUUUAACAGGGAAGAAGCUAUAAACUGAGAUUGCAGGAGUGCUUUUUCACUUUGCACAGGGAACUGCAGCUCGGUGAUUUCUUUUGAAAUCCACUUUUGAACUCUUCUGUUUACAGUAUGCGUUGUCAUAUUACUUGCAGUUUCAACUUCAAAGCAUAUGAAGACGGUGUGGCAUUGUUGUCAUCGCUGUGAUCAGUGUACAUGAGUUGUAGUAUUGUCUUAAAUUUUUUGUGCUUAUGAUGUAUUUUGUAAUCCCGGCAUGUUUAUGACCUGGUUUUAUUCAUGGAUCUGAAAGUUUUUAUGGUGAA